AUGACCUUCGAUUCCCGUGUCCGCGGCCUCUGUGCUCUCGCGGUGCUCUGCACUGCUGUGUCGAUGGUGCCCACAGCUGAUGCGUGGCUGGCGCCGAUCGUCACGAAAGGCAACAAGUUGUUCGAUUCCAAGACGGGUGUGGAAUUCCGGAUGAAAGGCAUGGCCUACUACCCUCGUCCGAACGAUGGCCGCAUGGCCACUGUGGGCAACUACGACUGGGCAGCCGAUAAGCACGAGGACGUGUGGCAGCCGCACUUGGAAGUGCUCAAAGACCUCGGCGUCAACACGAUUCGGCUCUACCCGAUCGACCCGGGCACCUCGCACGACAAGUUCAUGUGUGUGAAAAACUGCUCCGUGCUGGACUACCUGCCGCCCAAGUGCUAUCCGGAAGACCUGUUCACGCGUGCGCAGAUGGUGUACAACGCGUUUGCAAUGUAUGACAACACUUUGGGCUUCAGUCUCGGCAACGAGAACAACCUGCAGACGGAGAAUGGCGCCGAUGGUACGGCCACGGCGCCCUGUGUCAAGGCUUUCUUGCGGGACACUCGCAGUUACGCUGCGAGUUGCUCGGGCUCGGUGCGGCAGGUGCCCAUUGGCCUCGACAUUGCCGACAUUCCGACACCUUGGGCAUUAGUUUCGACGAAAGCUGCAUGA